AUGGCCGGAGAAAAACCCAGCGGCAGUGGCAAGAAUGAAGCCAUUGACGUUAACUCACCCUAUUACUUAUCCCCCUCUGAUUUACCCAAACAGAUGCACGUCAAUGAAUUCUUAACCAACGGAAACUAUAGCGACUGGGCAAAGGAGAUGGAAAACUUUCUGUUUGCAAAGAACAAGAGGGGAUUCGUGAACUGUAAGAUCCCUAAACCGGAAGAAGCGGCAGACAACUACAUGCAGUGGAUGCGGUUUGACGCCAUGAUCAUUGGAUGGCUCACAACAGCGAUGGAUAAAGACAUCAGGGGGAGCGUGAAGUAUGCUAACGCCUCCUCUGAAAUAUGGAAUGACUUGAAGGAAAGGUUCGGGAAGGAGAGUGCGCCUCGAGCCUACGAGUUAAAACAAUCUCUCUCAAUAACCCACCAAGAUGGUUCAUCCGUUUCGGCGUAUUAUACUAAACUCCGUGGGAUAUGGGAUGAGAUACAAUCUGUUUUUCCCAUCCCGCGAUGCACCUGUGGAAACUGCACUUGCAGCAUUGGGAAGAGACUCACUGAAUUCAAGGACAAAGAACGGUUGUACGAGUUCUUGAGGGUCUCGAUAGGGAACUUUUAA